AUGGCCAACGAGGAAAAGGCCAACAGUAGUGCCAUGGAGAGUAAUAUCUCCAUGGCACAAGUUGGCAGUAUUGUCGGCCCUAAGCGAGGCCAGAGCUUCAAGGACUUCUAUUUGUCUUUGACAAAUGACCUGGAUUGGGGCAGCCCCGAGCCCGAGGACAUUGAAAAGCGCCUCGAGUGGCGUGAGAUCUCUCAUAGUGGGCAAUGGAUCAUUCUCUCGGUCCUUUGCCAGUAUAAGACUUUUGCAUCUGCCGUCCGAACCCUCCAGAUGACAACGCCCGACGUCAUCAACUUCGUCACUCUAUACAUCAAAUUCCACCGAGCAACCAAGCUAUGGGCUAAAAAGAUCGAAGAGACUUCGGUCUCUGAUCUUCUCCGAAAGUCUGGAGAGCAUUGGCCUGGUGUAGAUGAGAUGGAUGACUACACCCGACCUCACCUUCCUACCGAUGUCCUCGAGAACACCGACCGGGAGGAGGUAAUCAGGUAUCUACGCCAGGUGGGUCAGGAGGAAGCCGUCGAGGAUAUCGAUGAAUGGCGCGGUCUUUCCACCGACUUUCACACACUCCCCAUUGAGCCCGAGAUCAUGGCCGGGGUUGUUGUGAUCCUGGACGAAGGAGAGGGGCUCUUGGGUGCCGACAACACCCAUCCCCUUCAAGAUGGGCAACACUUCUCUUGGAUCGAAAGUGGCCCGUCGGUAUUCCAAGACCUGGCGAAGUGUCUGGGGGAGCUUCGGAUCUACCUUACUCGCCCUAGCCCUUCGACAACCAGCACUUGUGGGCGUUGGCCCACAGGUAGCCCGAAAGGAUGUCAAAGUCAAAGACGCCGCCAGAAUGCCCUUGGAAACAACGUGGAUUGGUCCACUGAAGAAAUCAACCAGCAGUCGCCUAUCGCGAUCAACUAUCGAGAUGUAGAUGAGUUGUACAAUUCGCAGUUGCUCCCUCAACGCGUUCCAUCUGUCGAUAUGAGAGGGUACCCCGGAUUCGAGCCGAUAAGAGGCCACGAUGACGCAUCGGUGCCAGAGCAAGACUCUAAUCAGCCCCAAACUCUCUCUGCGGAGCUGCAGACGCCUCUCAUCCGUAUCCGCGAGGCCACGCCACAGGCUCAACCAGACCACUCAACGGGAGGUCAAGUUUCAAUGAACAAACUCCUGUCUUCGGUCCAACCCCUUCAUCCGUUCGUCCGCCUUCCGGGGCCAAACCUGGGCAAAGACACCUACUCGUUUCCUCAUGGAAAGCCUGUUAAAGAACCACGACACGGUCACACGCCGCACUUUCUUCAGGAUCGCGACAAAAUCGAGAACCAGCUCAAUGCAUCUACCAGGCCGAAUUUCCCUGGUCCCACUCCCAUGCGAGAGCCACGUUUCCAGAUGAUCAAUUUCGAUACGCUGAAGGGCCAGAUACACAAGGAAACGCAGCAAGAGAACUUGAGACUUCCUGUGGCCCCUAGGCCUAGCACUGUAAAAGCUUCCGUAUUGAGUGCUCCACAGAACGCGUCUGCCUCUCCGAUCUUGAUCGACGAUGAUCUUGAAUCACCUACUAUGCCGAGCAGCAAGCAAACUUCUCGAAAGCGAAAGGUUGACGAUAGCGAUGGAGAAUACCGACCUCGACCCGAGAGACCUCGCAAGGCGAAGGCCAGAAAGUCUGCUCCUCGAAACAAGAAUACUACUUCACCGCAGACAAUCCUGCCGCAGCAAACCCACCAGCCACAGCUGACCAUCCAGCCGCAGAUGGGCGCUGAAGGUAUACUUCAGCCUGUCAAACGUGGUCGAGGGCGUCCAAGAAAAUACCCCAAGCCCGAGGUUCCUGCUAUUCGAGCAGCCCCGGCUCAAUCAGCUGCGCCUCACUCUUCUGCGAACGACGCCGGUACUCAGCAGGUAGCCGCUCCUCCAGGCACCACAAUCGCUGAUAAUUUAGCUUCCGCUCGUGGUUCGGGUGGUGACACAAAUGCUGGCGGUCAGGCUCACGUUGGAGGACGGCUUGGUGCACUCGAUGAAGCUCCAAGAUCGACUUCGGGUUAUAUCUCUCCAUACUCUCGUCCCCAGUCUUCUCCCCAGGUCGCUCUGUCCUCCAAUGCUUCUCAUGCAACUGUUGCGCACUCAAACACUACACAGGCUCAGAUUGAGGCCCACAGAGAUGGGCUGUUGCGCCGUCAGCCAAACAACUAUGAGGAAUUCUGGACGGUCCAUCGGAACCUUGCGAAUGCAGCCCGUCCAGGAUACUGGAGUUACAACACCAGUCCUGAUGACAAUGGUACCCUUUCGUACCUCUCAUCUUCCCAGUCGGCCUCUCGCCAGAAUAUGACAAUCCCAACAAGUCACCAGUCUUAUUAUGAUCAGGGCCUUGGUACGCGCCCUGCUGGCCAACAAAUCUCUCAAGGAGCCAACGUUAGCGCUCCAAGCACUCAACAGCAGCCGCAGAAUAAUACUGAUUCCUUUUUUCAUUCUGCACGUCCCACCAGAUACCAAAGACCAUCUGCUCUCAAUACUAUCGCCCAGCAGGCCAGAGAUGAACGUACCGGAUCUGAAGCAGCUGAAAAGCGUAAGGAAGGAGAAGAUGUCAACAACACCGCACAAGGCAAGAACAAAUAA